AUGCAAGUAUUGCCUUUAUUUUUUACUCCUUUUCUAGAUAUAUUUCCAAUUUUUCUUUUGCUAUCUAAAAUAUGCGCUAUUUAAUUUCUGCUUAUCUUUGCUUGUCUGACUUUUUCUAUCCUUCUUUAUUUGUGUUUGAAAGCUCUUAUUUGGAAUUUUGAUUUUCUUAAUAAGUUUAAAUUUACAUCUCUUAGUUUACUUAAUUAAUUUCAAUAUCAACUAUAUGAAUUCCUUAUUCUUGAUCGCAUUUUGCAUUUUAAUUUUGUUAUAUUUUCAAGUCUUAGCUUAAGUUUUCCUAUUCGUUUUGACUUUCAAAUUUACUAUUAUUUUUAUCUUAUGCUACAAUCUAUAAAUUAUUACAUUCCCUUUAAAUGUUAUUUUCAUUUUAAAUUUAAUUAAAUAUUUAUGAAAAAACAUGCUCAGUUUUAUCACUUCGUUAUGAUGAGGAUGAUGAUUAAAAUCUAUUUUAGCAUUUGA